AUGGCGCAAGUUGGUAGCUUCGUCGAACGGGAAUGGAAAAUUCUCAUUGUGGAUUAUGAUAACAAUAGUCUCUUGAGAUUGGAGGAGAUGCUACAAUAUUGCCGCUUUAAAGUGACAAAAUGCCGGUAUGCAAAGGAAGCAAUACGUAUUCUAGAAGAAGAUCGAAACCAUUACGACCUUGUCAUCGUUGAUGUCUACCUGACGGAAAUGAAUGGAUUUGAGCUCCUAAAGCUUAUUGGUAUAGAGACAAAUCUUCCUGUUAUAAUGACAUCAAUCGAUGAUGAUAAUGAUCAAAUAAGGAAGGGGAUGCUAUAUGGAGCUUCUGAUUAUUUGAUUAAGCCGAUUCAAAUGGAGAAUGUGAGAUAUUUAUGGAAAUAUGUAUAUGGAAAACAAAGACAUGAAGAGUUAAUCAAGGCAAGGGUUGCACAAUCAGGGAGCAAUAGUUCGGAUAUAAUUAACAUGAAUUACUAUUGUAAAAGAGUUUCCAAAAAUGCAUGGAUUGCUCCAAUCAGUGACCAUGGAAAAAGGAAGAUUGCUGAUAUAAACGGAGACCAACAAAUGAAUGAUGAUGCAACCACUACGAAGAAAAAGCAAAGAGUGGUUUGGACUCCUCAACUCCAUGCUAAGUUCAUGGAGGCCAUUAAGCAACUUGGGACUGAAAAGCCAGUUCCAAAAAAGAUUUUGGAGAUAAUGAAUGUUCCUGAAUUGACCAGAGAAAAUGUGGCUAGCCAUCUACAGAAAUAUCGUCAAUAUCAUAAGAGAAUGGAACAAACAUUACAAUACCAAAGUGAAAACCUACCACCAAUUAGCUCUGAUGAAGAUAUUCAUACAAGCUCAUGUUCUUUGCAACUACAAGGUUUGAACUCCCAUUCUCAGGCUAUGGUUUGA